GGGGCGCGUAGAAGGAAUUUUGGGUCUGAGCGGCCACCGUAGUAGCGGCGCUCUGAUCCCCAUGACAACAGGGAGAAGCAGCGGGAGGCUUCUGGGCGGUGCAGUAGCUGCGGCCGAUUGGAGCAAACAAGGAGCGGAAUCCGUGAACUGCCCGCGGCCCCGAGGGCGCAGCUCCUGGACUGACUGGCGCUGUCCUGCCCAAUGGACGUGAGUCCUACCCCUCUCUGGAGCGGCCCCCUCAGCGCCCUCCACUCACCCUGACUUUGCCUGCCUUGGAGCCUGGACUGGAGAGGGGGCUCUUUACCCAACAUAGACCCUUCCAGCUCAGGACAAGAGCUGUGAGACAGAAAGAGAGUUGCAGGGACAGCCUUCCCAUGGAAGGGCACAUCCCACUUUGGCAAGAUGAGGAGCUAGCCAAGCAACAGAGAAGAAAAGGCAUCCCAGGCAGAAGGAACAGCAUGGGCAGAGAGGCCUCCUCUAGCCCGUGGAAUCCAACCCCGGCUCCCGUCAGCAGCCCCUCCCUGCUGCUCCCCAUCCCUGCCAUUGUCGUCCUCGCUGUGGGCAUCUAUUUGUUGCUGCUGGGCCUAGUGCUGCUGACUAGGCAUUGCCUGCUGGCCCAGGGCUGCUGCACAGACUGCAGCUCCCCCUGCAGGAAGCAAGGCGCCUCCAGGCCCCAAGACUGUUGCUGGACCUGCGCAGAAGCCUGUGACUUUCCUCUGCCCAGCCCAGCCCACUACCUGGAUGCCUGCUGCCCCCAGCCCGCCGAAUCUGAUUGGGCCCCUCGCUGCCCUCGCUGCUGCCCGCUCUGUGACUGUGCCUGUGCGUGCCAGCUUCCUGACUGCCAGAGCCUCAACUGUCUCUGCUUUGAGAUCAAGCUCCGAUGACAAGACGCAGGGUCCCUGCCCUUUGGGGAGCGGCCAGCUCCCAGGGCCCACAGGCCCUGUACCCUGAGGGGCCUCAGGACACUUUUCUCCAGGCUAUUGGAACCACAAAUGGACUACCCAGCUCACCAGCCUGGCAACCAGCAGUGGAGAGCCUGCCUCCCUGCAGAGUGGGACUCAAGGAGCCCUCCGCCAGCUGCAUGGCGGCCCCUUUGGAGGGCCAGAAGAGAGAGUGGCUGGUGCUCUGCCAGAUCCCUGUCCAAAGAUUUCUCCUGACAACCUUUUGAGGGCAUCAGUCUGGAUUUCCAAGGAAGAAAUUUCCUCUGAAGUACUGGUGAGUGGACAGGGGACCCUCCCCCCACCCCCAAAGAGGCAGGCCCACAGCUUCC